UUGGAACCCAUGACCAGUACACCCAAAAGGGGGAAAAGCAUCUCGAAUGAGAUAUUGACCACUUUAGAAGCCACCACAGAUACACAAACAAUUCAUCCUUCAAAAAGCACUGCAGUAACCACCAUGGGGAUCACAAGUUCACCACACAAAUCACACUUCACAGUCCCAGCCAACACAGAACCAUCCAAAGCCACAUCUCCAAGGAUGAUCUUUUCUACCAUAAGGGACACCACUGCUUCCACAUCAAUUCCAGACUCUUCUGAAUCUACAAAGAUUGAGACAGAGCCAAUAUCCUCCAUGACCCCUGGACUGAGGGAUGCCAGCCCCUAUCAAGGGAAAAUCUCAAGUACAGAUCCUCCCAAAAACACAGUAGUAACCAAGGUGGGGACCACCAACUCUGAACAUGAAUCACGUUCCUUUGUCUCAUCUGACUCAGGGCCAUCCAAAGCCAUAUUUCCAGUCAAUACUACCACCACCAUAGGGAAAACCAUGGUUUCCACAUCAAGGUCUAACUUCUCAGAGACAACAAGAAUUGAGACAAGUUCCACCUUGACCUUUAGAGUGAGGGAAACCAGGACCUCUAAGGAGACCAGCUCAUCCCCAGAGCCAGUUGCUGUUCUUCCCGAUGAGAGCACUAGUUCUGUUACUGAGGUGACAAGGACAGAAGACAUCUCGUCUAGUGGUAGACUCAGUCCAGGCCCUUCAACUUCCACUGGGUCACCAAUAAACUCCACAGAAAAUAUCACAACACUUUUUACUUUCCUCACAAGGACAGAAUCAACAGAAAGAGCUGAAACCAUUGAAAAAGGUCCUUCUGUAGCUGCAUCACAGAGGACACCUCCCCAGGACACACCAAUCACAUCAUCCAUGGUGGGGAUCCAUGCAGCUGUGACCCAGGGACUUCUACACACAGAGAUAAUGACUUCUAUGAGCAAAGGGACUGAAGAUGUGUCUGGGACAACCCCUUCCUCUGUGGAAGAAACAGGCUCUCCAUCUUCCCCAGCACCUAUACCUGCUAUGAUGUCACCCUCCCCUGAGCCCUCCAUGUCACCAGCGAAGAACCCCUCCUCUCCUACCCCUGUGACCUCACUUCUCACCCACGGUCUGGUGAAGACCACAGACAGGUUGGGUCCAAGCUUAGAGCCUGUGACUAGUUCACCUGCAAGCAUGAUCAGCACCACCGUUGAGAUACUGUCCACUUCUGAAGCCUCCACAGGUACAGAGGUCAUUCACUCUUCUGAAAACACAGCAGUGACCAGCGGGGCCCUCACGACUUCUGGACAAGAAAUACAUUCCUCUGCCCCAGCUGACUCAAAGCCAGAUAGUGCCAUGUCUCCAAUGGUGACUUCUUCCACCUCUAGGAACACCGUUGUUUUCACAUCAGUGUCUCACUCUUCUGAAAUUACACCAACUAAGACAGACUCAACAUCCUCUCUGACCCCUGACCUGAGGGAGACCAGCACCAUCCAGCAGAUCAGCUCAGCCACAGAGAACAUCACUGUCACUUCCAGAGUGCCCACUGAUACUACUACUGAGGUCUCUACCACAGAACCCAUCUCCUCUGGCAGCACAUCCAUCCCUACCCUGGUUCAGUCCAUGGUGUCACCAAACAUCCCUGCAGGCACAAUCACCAGGCCCUCUACCUCCCCAGUCACCACAGAAUCUGCAGAAAUGACCAUCACCACCCAAAUGGGUCUCCCUGCAGCUGUGUCAUGGGGUACACUUACCUUGGACACAUCGACCAAAGCUUCUGCGGCAGGGACUAAUUUGGCUGUGACUCAGAGUUUUACCCACUCAGAGAUAGCCACUCUCAGGAGCAGAGGUCCUAAGGAUGCAUCUGUGACAAGCCCUUCCUCUGUGGAAGAAACAGGCUCUCCAUCUUCCCCAGCGCCUCCGCCUGCAGUGCCAUCACCCUCCCCUGAGCCCUCCAUGUCACAAGCAAGGAUCCCCUCCUCUCCUUUCCCUGUGACCUCACUUCUCACCCAUGGUCUGGUGAAGACCACAGACAGGUUGGGUCCAAACUUAGAGCCUGAGACCAGUUCACCCACAAGCGUGAUCAGCACCACCAUUGAGAUACUGUCCACUUCCGAAUUCUCCAUAGAUAUGGCAAAAAUUCUCCCUUCUGUAGACACAACAAUGACCACUGGGGGUUCCAGCAGUUCUGGACAUGAACCAAGUUCCUCGGUCCCAAUUUAUGCUGAGUCAUCCAGUGCCACAUACCCCAGGGGCACAGCUUCCUCCAUGGAUGAGACCCCUCUUGCCACUUCAAUGCCUUCCUCCUUCAAGACCACAGCAUUUGAGACGAAGACAUUUUCCCACCUCAUUGCUGGACUGAGGGAGACAAGCAGAGCCCUGGCUUCCAGCUCAAGCACAUUCACAAACACACCUUCAUCUCCUCUGUCCGCACACAGUUCAGAGAGUCCUGAGACUACCUCUUCUGUGAAAUUAUCAGUCCCAGGUCAGCCUCUCUCUACACAGGGUACUGAAACUCCCACAGAAGCACUCACACGUUCUUAUGCUCCUCCCUCUGUCACAGGGUCUGCUGGCAUAACUGUCCCAGAAUCCAGUCUUUCUGUGCCAGUGUCAGAAAGUCCUCACAAGCUAGGCAUGGAUAUGCUGUCUUCAAUGGAGACCCUUCUUGCUAACACACUGACACCUUCUGCAUCAGAGGCCCCAGCUUCCUUUGUCACCUCUGGAGUUCCAGGUGCCAUCUUGGCUACCUCCUUAGUUCGUGCAUCUUCUAGGACAGAGUCAGGCCCUGAGGUUACUACUGUGUCCACCGCUGCAGAGAGCCUACCUUCUUCAGCUUCAGCACCUUCCCCCUCUUCAACCUUACCUCCCACCCAUUCUUCAACCAGCCCACUCCCUCCCUGGAUUACUUCUUCCCCGGCAACUCCAAGUUCAAGUGACACCAUGAAGGCAGAGAGUAGCAGCAGCACCACUGGAGGACCCUGGGUUACGGUCAGUACUUUGAAGACUGGGACCCAGCCAGUCCAGACAUGGCUACCAGCCGUUAUGGAUCCCAAGGUGACAGAGCGUAUUGGUUUGGGAACAGUGACAAGUUCUUCUCAAGUUCCUCCACACCCAACACAGUUAGCAAGGACCAAUGGCAUUGUGCAGCACAUCACAAAGCUCCCCAAUGAAGCCGCACGUGGACACACUGCAAUCCAUGUCCCCCUGGCAUCCACUUCUGCUAGUGUUGGAGGCAUAUCAACAGGAGUGUCAGAGAGGGCAGAGACCAUUGCCACUGCUCUGAAGACCGCUUCCACAGUGACUCUGACUGCCAGAGUCUCUGUGCCCACUUUGGGAAUGCUGCCUCUCCUCAGGACAUCAGGUAAAACAGCCAGCAAACGCACAACAGCAAUGAUCAUCACAACCUCAGAUGUUCCAGAGAUGAAAGCCUCCUUGGCCACCAGACUUGGUGAAGAAACCAGCACAACCGUUCCUAUGACAACUCCAUCUAUUUUCAGUAGAGGACCAGAGACUACACCCCCACCGGUCCCUAGUUCUGGGGCAAAGACCAGUACAGCUGUUUCAGCUCUGACUGUUUCCUUUGGUGAGCCAGAGACCACAGUCUCAUCAGUCAGCCAUCCUGCAGAGACCAGCCCGACUCUUUCCAGGGCAAUCUUGAAUGUUUCUCAGAGUGAAUCAGACAGCACACCCCCAACAGCUACAAGUUCUGGGGAGGCCAAUUCAGCUAUUCCGACUACAACUGUCUCCUCUGAUGUACUAGGGGUGCUGACCACAGAGGUUAUUAGUCCUGGGAAAGAAACCAGCUCAGCUGAUCAAACUCUGACUGUUUCCCCUGGAAAGCCAGAUACAACAGUGUCAUUGGUUACCCAUCCUGGGGCACAGGCCAGUUCAGGAGUUCCAACUCCAGCUGUCUCCCCUGGUAUAUCAGGGCUGAAAAUCUCACAGGUCACCAGUUCUGGGGCAGAGAACAGCACAUCUUUUCCAACUGGGAUUGAUUCGUCACACAAACCAGGGAUAACAGCCUCGUGGGUUGGGACAGAAGCCAGUUCCAUUGUUCCAACUUUGCCCGACUCCCCUGGUGAGCCAGAUACAACAGCGUUAUGGCUCCAUUCCAAGGACACCAGCACAUCUGUUUCCAAAAUGACUCUGAAUUUCCCCCCUAGUGAAUCAGACACCACAUCUUCAAGAGCUACUGGUCCUGGGGCAGAAGCCAGUUCAGCCACUCCAAUGAUGACAGUCUCACCUAGGAUACCCGUGAUGGUGACCUCACUGGUCAUUAGCUCUGGGACAGAAACCAGUACAGACUUUCCCACUCUGACUGAGCCCCUGAAUGAUCCAGAGUCAACAGUCUCUUUGGUCACCCAACCUGCAAAGUUCAGCCCAACUGUUUACAGGACAACCCCUGAUGUUUCCCAUGGUGAAUCAGAUGGCACACACUCAAUGGCCACCAGCCUUGGGACAGAAGCCAGUUCAGCCAUACCAACUGCACCAGUCUUCUCUGAUUUACCAGAUAUGGUGACUUCACAAGCCACCAGUUCUGACACAGAUGCCAUUGUGGCUAUUUCAACUCUGACUCUUUCUCCUGGUGAACCAGCAAACACAGUCUCCAAUUCUAGAGCACAGACCAGUUCGACCAUCCCAACUCUGACUGUCUCUCCCGGUAUAUCAGAGGUAGAAAUCCCACUGGUUACCACCUCUGGGACAGAGACCAGUGCCACUUUUCCAACUCAGAGUAAUUCCCCACACAAGCCAGAGACCACAACCUCCUGGGCCACCUAUUCUGUGGAGACCAGCCCACCCAUUUCCAGAAUAACUCCCAAAUUUUCCCGGAGUGAAUCAGACACCACCAUCUCAACAACCACCAGAACUCGGGUAGAAGCAAGUUCAGCUGUCCCAGCUAUGACUGUCUCACCAGGUGUACCAGAAGCGCUGACCUCACAGGUUACCAGUUCUAGAGCAGAGGCCAGUACAACUUUUGUAACUUUGACUGGUUCUCCACAUGAACCAGAGACCACAGCCUCAUGGGUCACCCAUUCUGAGACAGAAGCCAGUUCCAUUGUUCCAGCUAUGACUGUUUCUGCUGGAAAACCAGAUACAACAGUCUCAUCAGUGACACAUCAGGCAGAGACCAGCCCAACUGUUUCCAGGACAACCCCCAGUGUUUCCCAUAGUGAAUUAGCUACCACACCCUCAACAGCCACCAGUCCUGGGGCAGAAGCCAGUUCAGCCAUCCCAGCUACAACUGUCUCAAUUGGUGUACCAGUGAUGGUGACCUCACUGGUUACCAGUUCGGGGGCAGAAACCAGUACAACUUUUCCAACUGUGACUGCUUCUCCAAGUCAAAUGGAAACCACAGCUUCAUGGAUCACCCAUUCUAGAACAGAAGCCAGUUCAGCUCUUUCAACUCUGACUCUUUCCUCUGAGGAGCAAACUAUGGCCGUCUCAUUGGUGACCCAUCAUGCAGAGACCAGCCCAACUGUUCCCAGGACAGCCUCCAAUGUUUCUGAUAGGGAAUCAGAUACCACACCCUCAGUAGCCACCAGUCCUGGGGCAGAAGCUAGUUCAGCCAUCCCAGCUACCACUGUCUCACCGACUGUACAAGAAGUGAUGACCUCACAGGUUACCAGUUCUAGAGCAGAGACCAGUACAACUUUUGGAACUUUGACUGAUUCCCGACACGAAUCAAAGACCACAGCCUCUUGGGUAACCCAUUCUGAGACAAAAGUCAGUUCAGCCGUCCCAGGUAUGACUGUAUCACAGGGUGUGCCAGAGAUGAUGACCUCACUGGUUACCAGUUCUGGGGCAGAGACCAGUACAACUUUUCCAACACUGACUGAUUUUACACACAAACCAGGGACAAUGGCCUCAUUGGUCACUCAUCCUGGGACAGAAACAAGUUCAGCAAUUCCAACCGUGACUGUUUUCCCUGGGGAGCCAGAUACAACAGUCUCAUCGGUCACCCAUCCUGCAGAGACCAGCCCACCCAUUUCCAGAAUGACUCCAGAAUUUUCCCAGGGUGAAUCAGACACCACACUCUCAAUGGCCACCAGUCCUGUGGCAGAAGCCAGUUCAAGCUCACCUGGUGUACCAGAAGUGGUGACCUCAGAGGUCACAAGUUCUGGGGCAGAAACCAGUACAACUUUUCCAACUGUGACUGCUUCUCCAAGUCAAAUGGAAACCACAGCUUCAUGGGUCACCCAUUCUAGAACAGAAGCCAGUUCAGCUCUUUCAACUCUGACUCUUUCCUCUGAGGAGCCAACUAUGACAGUCUCAUUGGCCACCCAUCAUGCAGAGACCAACCCAACUGUUACCAGGACAAGCUCCAGUGUUUCCCAUAGUGAAUCAGCUAUCACACCCUCAACAGCCACCAUUCUUGGGGCAGAAGCCAGUUCAGCUGUCCCAGCUACCACUGUCUCACCAGGUGCAGACAUGAUGACCUCACUGGCCACUAGAUCUGAGGCAGGAACCAGUACAACUUUUCCAACUGUGACUCCUUCCCCAGGUCAAAUGGAAACCACAGUCUCAUGGGUGACUCAUUCUAGGACAGAAGCCAGUUCAGCUGUUUUAGCUCUGACUCUUUCCUCUGGGGAACCAGCUAUGACAGUCUCAUCAGUCACUCAUCCUGCAGCGACCAGCCCAACUGUUCCCAGGACAACCUCCAGUGUUCCCCAUAGGGAAUUAAACAGCACAUCCUCAAUGGUCGCCAGUCCUGGGGCAAAAGCCAGUUCACCUGUUCCAACCCUAACUGUUUCCCCUGAUAUACCAGAUAUGGUGACCUCACAGGUCACUAGUUCUGAGUCAGAUGCUAGUGUGGCUAUUCCAACUCUGACACAGUCUCCUGUUGAGCCCAUGACCACAGCCUCAUUGGUCACUCAUCCUGUGGUGCAGACGAGUUCAGCCACUCCAACUCCAACCAUCUCCUCUCCUGUACCAGGGUUGGUGACCUCACUGGUCACCAGCUCUGGGGAAGAGACCAAUACAACUUUUCCAAUUCCAACUGAUUCUCCCCACAAACCAAAGACAACAGCCUCAUGGGUCACUCACUCCACAGAGACAAGUACCCCUUUUUCUAGAACUACAAAUUUUUCUUAUAGUAAAUCAGAUAUCACACCCUUAACUACCAUUCCUGGGGCAGAAGCCAGUUCAGCCAUUCCAUCUACCACUGUCUCCCCUGCUAUAUCAGAUAUGAUGACCUCACUGGUCACCAGUUCUGAGGCAGAGACCAGUACAACUUUUAGAACUAUGACCAAUUCCAUACACAGACCAAAGCCAACAGUCUCAUGGGUCACCCACUCUGGAACAGAAGCCAGUUCAGCUAUUCCUACUAUGACCAUUCCCCUUGGGGAGCCAGGUACAAUGGUCUCAUCAGUCACCCAUCCUGCAGAGACCAGCCCAACUCUUCCCAGGACAACCCCCAAUGUUUCCCAUCAUGAAUCCGACACCACAUUCUCCAUAACUACCAGUCUUGGGACUGAAGCCAGUUCAGCUGUCUCAGCUAUAACUGUCUCACCGGGUGCAACAGAGCUGAUGACCUCACUAGUUCCCAGUUCUGGGGCAGAGACCAGUACAACUUUUCCAACUCUGACUGGUUCACCACAUGAACCAGCAACCACAGCCUCAUGGGUCACGCAUUCUGAGACAGAAGCCAGUUCCACUGUUCCACCUGUGACUGUUUUCCCUGGGGAGCCAGAUACAACAGUCUCAUCAGUCACCCAUCCUGCAGAGACCAGCCCAACCAUUUCCAGGACACCCCCCAUUUUUUCCCAUAGUGAAUCAGAUACCACAUUCUCAGUGGCCACCAGUCUUGGGGCAGAAGUCAGUUCCACUGUUCCAGCUCCUACUGUCUUCUCUAGUGCCCCCUAUACAGUGACCUCACAGGCCCCUCGUUCCAAGACUGACACCACUGUUCUACCUCUGACUCUUUCUCCUGGCCAACCGGCAACCACAGCCUUAUGGAUCACCCCUUCCAGUGCAGAGACGAGCACACAUUUUCCUGCUUCAACUGUUUUUCCUCACUUACCAGAGACCACAGCCUCACCCUCCCUCCAACCGGGGUUGGAGACGAGUACAGCUUUUCUAACUCAGACAGUUUCUCUCAGUCCACUGGAAACAUCCUCUCUCUUCACCAUACCUGUAACAGAGACAACCAAAGUUGAUCUAGGUCCACCUGUUUUGUUUGAUGUUUCCACGGAAACUGCCUCACUCUCUGCUCAUCCUGGCGCAGACAUCAGCACACCUAUUUCAACUUCGACUCUCUCCCACGGUUUACCUGAGACCACAGGUUUACUGGCCACCAGUCCUGCAGCAGAGACCAGUCCAAGUAUCCCAGCUCUGACUGUUUCCCCUGGUAUUCCUGGGCCUUCUGGUGCCCCUGCCACAGCUAGUGAGUCUUAUACCCGAACUUCUUGGGGCACAGAAACCUCACCAUCUGCAACCUCACCAUCUGCAACCUCAGUUGGACUCCCAGAAUUGUCCAAGACUGUGACAGUGAGCACUGUGACAUCGAUAGCAUCAGAGACCUCAACACCACCUAAAACCAGUCCUGGAUUAAGUACAACCACUAUCCUGGAAACCACCACUGUUGAGACCACUAAUUUGGCUGCCACGGAUUCAGGCCUCCCUGUGGCCAAGACUGCAACUGCCUUCAGUACACUGGCUGGAAGUCCUUUUGCCCUUGUCACCACGCCUGGAAUGUCUACCAUGGCUCCUGGGAGUGUGACUUCAGGAAUAACUGCAAUUCCUUUCUUGAUGCCUUUUACCAUCAACUUCACCAUCACCAACCUGAGCUACACAAAGGACAUGGGAGACUUGGACUCUGAGAUGUUCAAUGCCACUGAAAGAGACCUGCAGCACCUGGGCUGAUAAGGAAGGGACAAGCACCCAAAUGGAUGCAGUCUGCACCUACCGCCCAGAUCCCACAGGCUUCAAACUGGACAGAAAACGGCUGUACUGGGAGCUAAGCCAUCAG